AUGCGUUUGCGCACAGCGCCCUAUAACGAUGCCAUGAGACUUGGCUCAGGAUUCAAUUCUUAUACCCAGCAGGUUUAUGUCAAUGAUGCAGUGAUCAAGGAUAACAAAUCUACGGCAAGUGAGAAAGACUUGCGCCCAAAAAUGUCAGGUCCCCACAACGACAAUGGGGUCAGCCAGCAGGUCACCUUUACAUCCAGAUUUAUGGAGCAUGCGAGUGAUAUCACAGAUACAAUGAGUAUUAGCGCAUACAUCGACUCAUCAAAGAUCAAAGAGAACGACAUCAACUUUUUCGUUCAAGUCAAGGUUGUCAACCAGCUACUAGUAGCCGAGGAUAUGACCCAGUUCAACGCAAUCCCCAAUUUGUCGGCCAAGGCCCAAAGCCCCUUCACCGAGGUCUAUAGAGAUAGUUUCAUCUCUAGCUUUCUGAAAGGAAGCGAGUUUAAUGCCCUCCUCUCCGUAAAGGUGAUGGACAAAACAAAGAUCAGCGACAUCAAAGGACAACUGUCCCUAAAUCUUUCAAAGGCAGGAUCCGUGACGAAGGAGGAGCUAUUGAGAAACACAGAGUCGUCAAUCAGUGUCUCCUGGACUGGUGGCGGGGAUAUUCAGUCUGACAUCACGAGUGUCGCUUCCGGCAACGAAGAUGCGACAAACGCUACCCCAGCUAAGACGAAUUACCCUAAUACUGGGGUCAUUACCAACUCCAACAAGUCUAGACAGACAAUUAAAACCAUGGCAAAGGCAGCAUUUUACUUCGCAGACAAAGUGCGCGUCUAUCCACAGAGGACCCAGUAA